AUGCCUGACAGUCUCUCCAGCGCCACGGCGCCUACAGUCCAUGGCACAGCCGCAUCUAAAGUUGUUGUCAAAUACCUAGAUGGGGGAAAGCGCAUAUUGAUCACCCAUGCAAAUGGUACGGAACAGACCUACCAAACCAUCCCCAAACCAAAAAACAUCAAGAAAUGUAAAUUGGAGGAAACAAUGGACUUUGGUCCCGGUAAGACAUUCCCUCACAAUAUGUUUUUGGACAUCCAGGCAAAAAUUCAAAACAACAUGUCAAAUAUGCUUGAUAACGUUGCGAUUCCGUGGGAAGAAGUCCCCAAAGGCGUGGAGUCAACUGUCCUCACUUUGGUACUUGCCUCUUACCCAGUUCUUCAUUGGUUUCCUGGGAACUGGGCGGCCAAAGUGAUAAUGAGGAGGAUAUGUUGCAACAAGCGCAACACUCAGGCAAACAAACAAAAGCGGCUAAGGGGAGUUAAAGCUAAAGAUGCUAACACAACUCCGCCCAAGGUGCUUGAAGAGGGGCUAGCGGAGGAACGGGAGGCCAACCACUUGGAGGACCAGCUCGUCAAGGAGGACCAGCCUGACGGGGAGGAUUGGCCCAUCAAAGAGGACCGGCUCAUUGAAGAGGACCAACCCAAUGGGGAAGAUCAGCCCAACCACCUGCCGGUUGACAAGCAGCUAUUGAACAACGCCUCCAAAGACAAUGAAGAUGAGGAAGGAGCAGAGAUUAAGAGGAUGGCGGGGAAGAGACGCUGUUGCAUUGAGGACUCCAAUAGUGAGGAGGAUAACCAACAUGUCCACCCGCUAAGCUCUCAAACUCCAUUGGCACUUUGUGCAAGCUCUGCAAUCCCCACCAGUAGCUAUAAGAGCUCCUUGUUCACAAGUCUACCUGGCGUUGACCAGGGCAAUAAGUCUCAAUCAUCUUUGUCAUCCAAGCGCGCCAAGGCUACUGCUGGGAACCCACCCACGGCCCCCAAAUCUAUGGCCUCUACAAAACCUAGUGCCCGACCUCCCAAGGGCCCCACCCCCGCCUCCAAGCCCGCCACCUCCAAACCCACCGCUGCAUCCAAGGGUACCAAACCUGCAUUUACUCAAGCUGCGGCUGCAGCCCGCCCUCAGGGCCAUAAGCGUAAGGAGAAUACCGAGCCCGAGCCCGAGCCAGAGUACGGGCCCGAGUCCGAGCCCGAGCAAGAGGAGGUAGCUGGACUGGCGACCGCAGGAACAACCACGAAGAAGAAGAUUAAAACGGCAAGUCGGUCUUCUAAAUCGGCCCCUAAUGUCGCCGGUCCAUCCACUUCGGUUGUCAGCGCUAGCUCUGUUGCUGCUGCUGUAGCAUCCGUCUCUAGUGUGACCGCCUCAGCCACGUCCAAGCCUUGCCGUCGACCGAUCCCUCGCCCGCCGCCUCAGAAUACCCAAGCUGCUGGCUCACUCGCAGCGAAAUCAGAGCUCAUCGACAUUUUCGAUAUGAGCCAGGCCAAUAAUAACCAAAGGAAUACCCGAAGCAGAACAAAGAAGUAG